UUGUUAAAUGGCAACAGUGGAAGCCGGUAAUUUGGUCAAUAUUUUUUAACUGUGGCAUCCAGCCAUAUUCCCAAAGUAACGAAUCAAAUUGUGUACAAUACACAUUAUAAUUUUGUUUUUCGAAUUUGUCUAAUAGAAGGGCUGCAGAAUGGACGAAGUUGAACAAGAUAACGCUGGUACAUCCGAAGCUGUUGCAAAAGAAGCGACACCAAGUGAAGAAAGCCAAAAAAAAGCUGCUGCUUCUGAAAAGGAAUCAGCAGGAGAAAGUUCUAAAAAGACACGUACAGACUAUUCAGUUAUGUCUACCAGGCCAUACUUGGAUGCCACCGUUGUUCCCAUUUUACUCCAAGCUCUUUCUGCCCUUGCUAGAGAAAGGCCAAACGAUCCUAUACAGUUUCUGGCAGAUUUCCUGAUCAGAAAUAAAGCCCAGUAUUCACAGAGUACUGAUGCCGAGGCUGCUACAAGUUAAAUGACUGUACAGCCAAUGCAAUUGGCCCUGAUUUACGAUUUUUAAUUUUUUUUCCUUGCAUCAUGACUAAUUCAUUUGUAGUUAGUUAGUGUCUCAUUCUUCAUAUGCCAGUCAUCAUUUCAAAGAGGGAAAGAAAUUACUGUAGUUUUUUUUAUUCGUUUAUUUAAAUUUGUUUUCGAAUAUUUGUGUAUGCAUAGUUUUAAGUAACAAAUUUACAGUUAAAUAUUAGAAUCCUUUCUGUUUUUUUUAAUUUGUAGAUUCCCUGUUGUGAAAUACUUUUAAAACAUAAGUUAACUUAUGAGUUUAUUUACUAUUAAAUCUAAUGUUAAAUUUCUUCUUCAAUAGAUAUGAACAUCUCUUGCAUUAAAUUUGAUUCCCGAUGUUAUACCUGUGUACCUCAUGAAAAUAAAUAAAAGUAAACAAUAAAUUAUGGUGUAGCUAAACUUCAUUUAUAAAAAUUUUGCUGGACUAUUUGCAUAUGUUGUCUUAAUGCAUUUAUGCAACACCAAUAAAAAAUUUAUUAACUAUAGGUUUAUUUGUAUACAGUAAUUACAUAUAUUUUGCUUGUGCUUUUGGAACUGAAUACUGUUUUGUGGGAGGUGUAUAUUACAAAAUAUUUUUCAAGUCAAAUUUCAUUGUUGCAAGGUGGGUUUGAUAAAUAGUAUGCAAUAUGUUUGUGAACUUGUAAUUGUAACUGAAGAAGUACUUGUUAACUGCUAGAAAGAUAAAAUAAAUCUAUAGUUAUUCAAGGUGCCCUUGGUUUAGCUAAUACUUAUAUAAUUAAUCUAUUUAAAAGAGUGUUUUUUGAUGAAUAUUAAUUGAUGCAAGUGCAAAGUAUUUGAAUGGCUUACUGAUUUUCCUUGCAUCAAAUCCUCCAUUGGUGUAUUUUACCAUUUUUAUAAUUCAAAACAAGAUUCUUUUAAAAUGUAUACAAAUUUCUAUUUUCGACCAAAUAUCACUGAAACAGGAUUUAACAUAAA